AUGAACCCGGGUGGACGCCGGGGACCCGGGUGGACGCCAGGGACCCGGGUGGACGCCAGGGACCAGGGUGGACGCUGGGGACCCGGGUGGACGCCAGGGACCCGGGUGGACGCCGGGGACCCGGGUGGACGCCAGGGACCCGGGUGGACGCCAGGGACCCGGGUGGACGCUGGGGACCCGGGUGGACGCCAGGGACCCGGGUGGACGCCAGGGACCCGGGUGGACGCCAGGGACCCGGGUGGACGCCAGGGACCCGGGUGGACGCCGGGGACCCGGGUGGACGCCAGGGACCCGGGUGGACGCCGGGGACCCGGGUGGACGCCAGGGACCCGGGUGGACGCCAGGGACCCGGGUGGACGCCAGGGACCCGGGUGGACGCCAGGGACCCGGGUGGACGCCAGGGACCCGGGUGGACGCCAGGGACCCGGGUGGACGCCGGGGACCCGGGUGGACGCCAGGGACCCGGGUGGACGCCGGGGACCCGGGUGGACGCCAGGGACCCGGGUGGACGCCAGGGACCCGGGUGGACGCCAGGGACCCGGAUGGACGCCAGGGACCCGGGUGGACGCCGGGGACCCGGGUGGACGCCGGGGACCCGGGUGGACGCCGGGGACCCGGGUGGACGCCGGAGACACGGGUGGACGCCAGGAACCCGGGUGGACGCCGGGGGACCCAGGUGGACGCCGGGGACCCGGGUGGACGCCAGGGACCCGGGUGGACGCCAGGGACCCGGGUGGACGCCGGGGGACCCGGGUGGACGCCGGGGACCCGGGUGGACGCCAGGGACCCGGGUGGACGCCAGGGACCCGGGUGGACGCCGGGGACCCGUGUGGACGCCAGGGACCCGGGUGGACGCCAGGGACCCGGGUGGACGCCAGGGACCCGGGUGGACGCCGGGGACAUGAGUGGACGCCGGGGACCCGAGUGGACGCCAGGGACCCGGGUGGACGCCAGGGACCCGGGUGGACGCCAGGGACCCGGGUGGACGCCGGGGACCCGGGUGGACGCCAGGGACCCGGGUGGACGCCAGGGACCCGGGUGGACGCUGGGGACCCGGGUGGACGCCAGGGACCCGGGUGGACGCCGGGGACCCGGGUGGACGCCAGGGACCCGUUUGGACGCCGGGGACCCGGGUGGACGCCGGGGACCCGGGUGGACGCCAGGGACCCGGGUGGACGCCGGGGACCCGGGUGGACGCCAGGGACACGGAUGGACGCCAGGGACCCGGGUGGACGCCGGGGACCCGGGUGGACGCCAGGGACACGGAUGGACGCCAGGGACACGAAUGGACGCCAGGGACCCGGGUGGGCGCCAGGGACCCGGGUGGACGCCAGGGACCCGGGUGGACGCCAGGGACACGGAUGGACGCCAGGGACACGAAUGGACGCCAGGGACCCGGGUGGACGCCAGGGACCCGGGUGGACGCCAGGGACACGGAUGGACGCCAUGGACACGGAUGGACGCCAGGGACCCGGAUGGACGCCAGGGACCCGGGUGGACGCCGGGGACCCGGGUGGACGCCAGGGACACGGAUGGACGCCAGGGACCCGGGUGGACGCCGGGGACCCGGGUGGACGCCAGGGACCCGGGUGGACGCCAGGGACCCGGGUGGACACUGGGGACACGGAUGGACGCCAGGGACCCGGGUGGACACUGGGGACAUGA